GUCAUAUCCGCUGGGUAAUGGCGGCUCCGUGGGAGCUGUUUUGCUGGAAAGGAGCCUGGGGCCUGCCGUCCGUAGACACGGAGAGCCUGAUGGUGCUGGCCUAUGCACGGUUUUCAGGAGCCCCUGUCAGAGUGCACAAACUCAGCAAUCCCUGGAGGAGUCCCUCGGGAGUUUUGCCAGCACUGAAGACUGAGAAAGAUGUUGUGUCACAGCCUCUCCAGAUCCUUACCUACCUCAGGAAACAGAAGUACAAUGCUGACUACGGGCUCUCAGCAACGCAGGCGGCUGACACACUUGCCUUUGCCUCUCUGAUAGAAGAGAAGUUACUACCUGCACUGAUCUACAUGUUUUGGGUUGACUCCAAGAAUUAUGUAUCAUUCACAAGGCCCUGGUAUGGAGAGACAAUACCAUUUCCACUGAACUUUUUCCUCCCAAACCGGAUGCACACACGCUUCCUGGAGCGUCUUCGCUUGAUCCGGGGUGGCCAGUGGCAUGACAACGAGGAGGAAGCCGAGACUGAGAUCUACAAAGAGGCCCGUGAGUGCCUGACGCUACUGUCCCAGAGGCUAGGGUCACAUAAAUUCUUUUUUGGAGACUCACCCAGCUCCUUAGAUGCCAUUGUAUUUGGACAUUUGGCACCAAUUCUGAAGGCAAAACUACCCAACAGUAAACUGCAUCAACAUCUGCGCUCACUUGACAACCUUUGCGCACUCUGCACGUCCAUCCUUGGUCUUUAUUUUCCAAAUGACGGUUCAGACACUGAACGUAGCUCCAAGAAAGUUCCCCGGAAUAACUCAUCGGAUUCUGAUGAGGAUCCCCACAAGAGACGCAAUCAGAUCCUCUCGGUGCUGGUGGGGCUCUCUGCCAUGAUUGGUUAUGCUUUUCUCAGUGGAAUUCUCUCCAUCCAUCGGGUAUCAACACAUAAUGCAUUAAGGCAGUCCUCCCCUCUGGAAGAUGAUGAUGUUGAUGAGGGACAGUGAGGGUCUGAGGGGGUCAGGGGGCAGUAAUAGAGUGAAGGGCAUGGGUGGUGGUGGAAGAGGAGGAGGAGUUGGGAGUGCUGGCAGUAAGUGGGAACAUCCCGUCAAGUAACAGAUGUCCAGCCUGACAAUAGAUUUGAGCAUUGUUAUUGGUUGUAUUUUGUAAAAUUUGAAGAUGCAGUAUGGUGCAGGGUUUAAGGCCCUGGCCAUAGGACAGGGCCAAAAGAAAUGAUAUAUUGCGGUCCUAUUUUGUCAGUGUAGUGGGUGCUCUGAAUGUAGCGUCCACUGUAACAGUGUGAUGACAGGGACAGUGUCUCAUUUCUUUGAUAAUUCAUGUCUAGUAUUAAAAUAAUAUGUUAUUGAGGUUGGAAGCCAGGAAUCAAAUACCAUGCAAUUCAAAGUCAAGAUUUUAUUUGAAACUGAGAAACUUUCAUAAGAAUAAGUACAAAUUCUUGUAAGACUGAAAUAAAAUCUCCAUCUGAUGCUCAUUAACUCAAAGGGUUUUAGUUUGGGCUGUACCUGUUCUGCCUGGAUUUGGAAUCUUGUACCGACCUGUAUAUUCCCUUCUCAGUACAGACUUCCAAGUAAGAUCAUUUUUUUUGUCCUGGUCCGGGUUUCUUUGCACCUUGGCCAGUUUAUUAUUCGUUAGUCAACGUUUGUAUCUGUUCUGCUCAUGUGAUGUAAUGAUAAUAUGUGAAGAGAGAAAGGUCUAAGAGCUGUGUGUGGAAAGUUGGCAUGAACAGCAGUUUUAAACAUUUCUUCACCAGUACCUAUGAGCAGGAGUUACUGGACAAUGGUUCAGAUGGAUGUGCUUGCUGCUCAGACUUACUCUGACCAAAUAAAAUAAGAACCCAGUCAGCCACAGUUGGCUGUCAUUUUCAUGUGAAAUUUAGCACCUCAGUGGUGUCUGAUGUAGAAAUAUUCUUUCAUUCACUGACAGAAUUGGUGCCAGUUCUCUAAUAUUAGAGGAUAGCUGUUGUUAUUCUAUUGUCUACUUUUCAGGGACAAAGUUACAUUUUAAACUGUGGAAAAUGUAACAGUUUUGACCAAUGAAUAAAUUGAAUGAUGAAAAGCA